ACCGUAAGUACUGCUGUUUGGUUGGCUAGCGCAAUUGAAUUGUUGUCUAUGAUGAGUACAUUUACAUUAUUUUGUGCAAUAUUGAAACCUGGAGUUCUGUGAUUGAGAAAAUAGACAUUGGACAUCCUUCUACCAUUUUGCACCUUUAGGUAUCCUCGUGUCGAUAAUAUUGAUCGCCAUAAUAGUUUUUGACGCAUUGACCUCAAUCAUUACGGUACAAUUCUAUGGUGACGUUCUUUCUGAUUUCGUAGCCACAAUGAAAUAUCAUAAUACGCCACUUUUUCUGUUUAUACAUGUAGUAUUUGUAGGAUUAAUAGGCCGUCCUUCAGUGUAUACUACUGACAUUGUAGUCAGUAGUAUAUAUUGUAACCUAAAUACCUAGCUAGCUACAGUGAGCUAGAACACAAGACGUAGCUAGCUAGAUUCAUCAGCCGACUGCUACACAUAGCUACCGCUAACGUUACUGGUUAGUAAGUUACAGUGAUACCGCCACGUCUUCUUAACCUCCCACUGGGCUACUGAGUGACCCUUUACAAUGGCCGCUACAAGAAAACGAACGCGAAGAGGCAUCGAAGAUGUGAGCGACAGAAAAGCAAAGGUUAUUAAAACCAGCGGUGAGAAGAGACACAUCGCAGCCCUGAUCCUGGCGAGGGGAGGCAGUAAGGGGAUCCCCCUGAAGAAUAUUAAAAUGCUCGCCGGUGUCCCCCUCAUCGGAUGGGUUCUGAGAGCUGCAGUGGACUCCAAACAGUUUGACAGUGUGUGGGUAUCAACUGACCAUGAUGACAUUGAGAAGGUAGCCAAGGCAUGGGGAGCUCAGGUUCACCGCAGGAGCCCAGAGGUGUCCAAAGACUCCUCCAGCUCUCUUGACACCAUCCAGGAAUUCGCCCGAUUAAACCCAGAGGUGGAUGUGAUCUGUCACAUCCAGGCCACGUCUCCCUGCCUGCACCCCUUCCACCUGAAGGAGGCCCUGGAGAUGAUCACCAAGCAGGGCUUCACGUCCGUCUUCUCCGUGGUCCGACGACACCACUUCCGCUGGCAGGAGGUGAAGAAAGGAGGUAGUGUAGCCACCCAGCCUCUCAACCUGGAUCCAUCCAACAGGCCCCGGAGACAGGACUGGGAUGGAGAGCUGUGUGAGAACGGAUCUUUCUAUUUUUCCACCAGAGCCCUUAUAGAGGAAGGUGUUUUGCAGGGGGGGAAGUGGGCUUACUAUGAGAUGCUGCCAGAGUACAGUGUGGAUAUUGAUGUGGAUAUCGACUGGCCCGUGGCAGAACAGAGAGUACUGAGGUUUGGUUACUUUGGCCUGGACAAGCCUGAGGUGGUGCGUCUGCUGCUGUGUAACGUCUCCGGCUGUCUGACUGACGGCCGCGUCCUCAUCUCUGUCUCUGGAGAGGAGAUGGUCUCAGUCAACACCAGAGAUACUAUGGGUAUCCGCAUGCUGCAGAGAGAGGGAGUGGAGGUGAUCCUGAUCUCGUCCGGUGAGGACCCUGUGACCAAGGCCCUGGCUGACAAUCUAUCCCAGAGGACAGGCUGUGAGGUCAGGCAGCUGGGCAAGGACAUCCAGGGUGAGGUCACAGCCAUGAUGGACGACAGGGAUCUGGACUGGAAGGAGGUCGCCUAUAUGGGUAAUGAUGCACCAGAUGUUGACUGUCUGAACCUUGCUGGGCUGAGUGCAGUACCCCGGGACGCCCCAGUGGUGGCGAUCAACGUUGCUAAAUACUCCUGCCACAAUGCUGCAGGCCUGGGGGCUGUGAGGGAGUUUUCUGAACACAUCCUGCUGCUCAAGAAGAAGGCCAAGUCUCAGAUGGAACAGGACCGCAUCCACAGAAAUACAUUCUAAAUGCUAGAAUGUGUUCUAAAGUCACAGAUUUCCAUUUUAAACUCUAGAAUGUGUUCUAAAGUCACAGAGAUCCAUUCUAAACUCUAGAAUGUGUUCUAAAGUCACAGAGAUCCAUUCUAAACUCUAGAAUGUAUUCUAAAGUCACAGAUAUCCAUUCUAAACUCUAGAAUGUGUUCUAAAGUCACAGAGAUCCAUUCUAAACUCUAGAAUGUGUUCUAAAGUCACAGAGAUCCAUUCUAAACUCUAGAAUGUAUUCUAAAGUCACAGAUAUCCAUUCUAAACUCUAGAAUGUAUUCUAAAGUCACAGAGAUCCAUUCUAAACUCUAGAAUGUGUUCUAAAGUCACAGAUAUCCAUUCUAAACUCUAGAAUGUGUUCUAAAGUCACAGAUAUCCAUUCUGAACUGUAGAAUGUGUUCUAAAGCAGUCAUGGGCAAACUUUUCUGCUUGAGGGCCAAACAGAUUUUUUGGGGAUUGAUUUGUUUGUCCAAAUCAAUUUCUGGGCCAGAAAAAGUGCAGAUAUUUUAAAAUCUAUAGAUCCAUUAUAAUUUCUACAUCCCUUCUAUCUAGUUUUAGACAUUCAUGACCUGGAGUGUUUUUUUUACCAAGAAUAAUAAUUUCCCACCAAAAAACACAUUCUAAACUUCACAUGUAAACUGGAAGAGUUGCAUUCUCAAUUGCAUACUCCUCGCACCCACUCUCCCCGUCUCCUUCUCUUCCCUCUGACCUUCUCCUUCAAUGGUUUUUGAGAAGGAGACAAGGACUCGAGGAAUAUGCAAUUGAGAACAUCCCCUUGUCAUUCAUUGUCAUGUAAAAAAAAGGAGCUGACAAGAAAGCAGUAACAGACUGACACUGAGGAUAUUGUAUUCUAAACUGCAUUCUAUCAAUCAGACAAACCCUCUGAACUCAUGCCUGGGCCAAACAUUAGGCAAAGUG